GAGAAGGUGAAUACAAACACCUUCAGCAUCUUUUCAAGCUGCGCUUUCAUGUGGAGCCGCAGCAUCGCGGCGAAGCGAUGUUUUUUUCCUCCCUGCAACUCGUAACAUGAGAAUGGCGUCUGGCCACAAUGUGAACUUUAGCGCUUUCCUCGGACUCCCCGAGUGCUGCAGAAACAAGCAGGGACGGCCCUGAGAGGUUAUUUUUCACCUGAUCGGACUGAACUGCAGCAAUGUCAGCACUACAGAAACAAGUGACAAGAGGCCAAGACCGCCAUGUCUUGCCGAAGGUCCCUGUGCCCCCACUCAAACAAACCCUCGACAACUACCUAAAAUGCGUCCAGCAUCUUGUGAAAGAAGAGCAGUUUAAGAAGACUAAGGCCAUAGUGGAGAAGUUUGGGGCUCCAGGAAGUGUCGGGGAGAUUCUUCAGAAAAAACUUUUGGAGCGGAAGGACAAAAAAGCCAACUGGGUCUAUGACUACUGGCUGGAAGACAUGUACCUAAACAAUAGGUUGGCCCUGCCAGUUAACUCCAAUCCUGCCAUGGUGUUUCCAAAACAGGCUUUCAGAGAUCACAAAGAUGCUCUCAGAUUUGCUGCUCGUCUCAUCUGUGGUGUGUUAGAGUAUAAGGCUCUCAUUUAUAAGAGACAAUUGCCUCUGGAUUUUGCUCGAGGACAGUUAGCAGGAACUCCUUUGUGCAUGGAGCAGUAUUACCGCCUCUUCACCUCCUACCGCUACCCAGGGCUGAAGACGGACACGCUGAAGGUUGACUUGAACGCUGCCUCCUCGGUGCCAGAGCACAUGAUUGUGGCGUGCAAAAACCAGUUUUUCCUCUUGGAUAUAGUCGCAAACAACAAGCAGCUCAAUGAGGCAGAGAUCUUUCUCCAGCUGGAGAAGAUUCUGAAAAUGUCAGAAAAUGCUGAAGAGAGACUCCCUCCUUUUGGGAUCCUGACCUCAGACGGAAGGACUGAAUGGGCACAAGCUAGGGAAGCACUAAUAAAAGAUCAAGCUAACCGUGACUCUCUGGCUCUGAUUGAGAGCUGUAUAUGUGUGGUGUGUUUGGACGAGCCCUGCGGCAUUCCGCCCAGCGACACCAACAGGGCUCUGAUGAUGCUGCAUGGUGGUGGCGGGGAACGAAAUGGCGCAAACCGCUGGUAUGAUAAAUCAAUGCAGUUUGUUGUAGGAAUGGAUGGGGUGUGUGGGGUGGUGUGUGAGCAUUCCCCGUUUGAGGGAAUAGUCAUGGUGGAGUGCUCAGAGUUCCUUAUGAAACGCAUAACAGGGAGUCCGUUCAGAACGGUUCAGUCGUCCAGCACCAGAGCACUCCCCCCUCCAAGGAGGCUGCUGUGGAAAUGCAACUCCCACGUUCAGGCUCUCCUAGAAGCAUCUGGAGACAGACUGCAGAGGCUGGUGAACAAUCUUGAUAUGGAUGUUUUCACAUUUGAAACUUAUGGAAAAGAAUUUAUCAAAAAACAGAAGAUGAGCCCAGAUGCAUUCAUACAAAUCUCCUUGCAGCUUGCAUUUUACAAAUGCAGAGGAAGGCUGGUGUCCACGUAUGAGAGUGCUUCGCUUCGUCGUUUUCAAGAAGGUCGGGUAGAUAACAUCCGUUCAGCCACAGCUGAGGCCCUGGCCUUUGUGAGGUCCAUGACCGACGAGAGAGCAACUUUCACAGAUUCUGAAAAAAUGAAACGAUUGAAGGAUGCAGUAAAGGCGCAGACAGACUACACAAUCGCAGCAAUUACAGGAAUGGCCAUAGACAAUCAUCUCCUUGGACUUCUGAAGGUCUCAAAGCAGCUGAACAUGGAGAAGCCAGAGAUCUUCUGUGACGAGACAUAUCUGGCCAGUAACCAUUUCACCCUCUCUACUAGUCAGGUUCCUACAACAGUGGAGAUGUUCUGCUGCUACGGACCCGUGGUGCCCAACGGCUACGGCACCUGCUACAACCCGCAGCCGCAUCACAUUGUCUUCAGCGUGGCGAGUUUCUGGGAGAACACAGAGACGAGCUCGGCCGUUUUUGUCAAAGCCCUAAACGAGGGCCUGUUGGAAAUCAUGGAUCUGUGCAAUAGAAGUGCAACUGCAGAUACCAAACCACCCAAAAGCAGCCCGGCGGCUGGCCAGCCUCGUAAAUCAGGAAAGUAAACUAUACAGAUAGAACCUCCCCUAUACUCGCCUAAUCAAAUCUUAGAGUUAGUCUCAGUUAGCCUGGUAGUUCAAGAAAAAUGAAAAGCCUUAUAAAUGAAUAUUUAACUACAUAAAAUAUAUAUAUAAAUCUUUAGAAAAUAUAUAGAAAAGAAAAAUGAGUAGAUAAAUUUCAUUUUUGGAUGUGUAAGAGUGAUGUGGGGUUCAAAACUUACUCUGGUGGACUGAAGUUAAUCGGUCUGCUGCACUUAAGGAACUUGAAGCCAUGUCUGUUAGUAGCACCAGUCUGAGGAUUCAGACUGAAAAAAUCUGAAUAGAGUAUAGUAUAAUUUAUUAAUGCCAUCUGGUAUUUGUGAAUGAGCUUUGCCAUUUGAUCAACACUGUGAUUUUAAAUGUUCAAAUAUAUGAUGUAUUAAGAUGUGUAAUUUAUUAUUUUUUAAUCAUAAGGUUUCCAAAGAGGUGUGUAUAUGUGAAGUAUGUCUUUUAAAGCACUUUAACACACACACAAGCACGCCCACACACACUCAUAGAAAAUGUAGUUGAAACCAGAUAUGUACAAACACUACAGAUGAUGCUUUCAAGCCUCUAUUUUAUGUCAUUAUGAUGAUGUUCUGCUUCCAGCUGACUUAAAACCUCACAUUUAAGAUUAGAAAAUUUCCUCAGCCUAAUAGAAGAAAACAUUUUUACAACAGAAAUUGGGGCUUCAUGAAAAUUAUGUAUAGGACUUGCUUAAAGGUUGUUAUCUUGAAAAGGCCCUUUAAAUCUGACAAACAAGCCUAAUUGGAAUUCAUAUUCUAAGUCAACCAUUAAAAUUUCACAAAGACACACAGCAAAUACAAGAUGAUAAUUUAUUUGUUAGAAUUCCAGGGUAAUAUUUGUAACUAUCUAGACGUGUUGUGUAUUACAGCAGUAGUGGCAAUAAUUGGUGCAUAUGUGUUAUCAGUCAUCAGUGCUGCUUUAUUAUCAAGUUAUUAACAAAAUAUAUAUUUACCAUAUGUAUAUAUUUAGAAUUUGUCUUUUCAUUUGCAUUUAAAGCAGAUGCAAUAGAGAAAAUAGAUAACAAAACCAGUGAUGUACUGCAUAGCUUAAUCAAUCUGUGCAAUAAUAUACAAAGUGCAGUGAAGGUUUUGUGCAAUCUGACAGAUGAGUUCAUUAUGUGCAUGGAGCUUCUUCAUUGAUAAAUCAAUACGAGUUGCUAUUUUUAUAUUCAGAAAUAAAAGAAACAAAUACUAUUUGAAGUUAUGAAAUUAAAAAUGUUUAUUCGUCAGAAAAAGUCCCUGUAAGUACAGUAUGUGUUGUGGGUCUUAUUUAUUUUGUGAACUCUAAGUGGCAAUCAGUGUUAAAGGUGUCAAGAUAUUUACUGUCUUGUUGUAUAUCCACAAACCAAAGUGAAUGUAUUAUAAUUUUAAAGCUGAGAUAAGUAUUAUACAUGAAAUGUGUGUGUUUAAUUCUCUAUAAAGCUACAACAAUUUUGAUUAAAUAUUAAUAAAAUCUCAUUAGUGCAAAAUCAGAAUGCCUUAAAACGAUGUAAAAGUAUUGCUGUCAUUUGUCUGAAGAAAACACCUAUUAAUGUAGGAACAACAUGGGUAAGAUGUAUUUGUCACAAGUUGUUUUUUUCGUAUGUAUCACCCAAUAAUGUAUUUAUUGAUAAUUAUAGGAAAAACCUGUAUAAAUGUGGCUUCUGCUGAAGAAGUGCUCACAUCACUUGAAUUCUUUUCUCAUUUGACAAGCUGCGGUCUGUGUAUUUUGACCCAUCAUGUGAUGGGUCCACACAAAGUGGUACAAAACUGUGAAGUGAAAGAAAAAUCAUAAAGUGUGUGUGUGUGUUUUUUUUUUCUUGAAAAAUAAAAAUCUAAAGUGUGGUAAACAUAUUAAUUCAGAUCACUUUACUGUGAAACCAUUAAAUAAAAUCUAGUGCAGCCA